AUGUCGUUCCGUGGAGGAGGACGUGGAGGCGGUGACCGUGGCGGACGUGGUGGUUUCUCAUCUCGAGGUGGACGCGGCGGAUUCGGUGGAGGUGGACGUGGUGGAUAUGCCAACGCUGGCCCUCCCGAGACGGUGCAGCCCAUGGGCACCUUCAUGCAUGCCGUAGAGGGCGAGAUGCUCUGCCAGUCCACCGACGCUAAGCACGUCCCAUACUUCAACGCUCCUAUCUACCUGGAAAACAAGUCCCAAAUCGGCAAAGUCGACGAGAUCCUCGGCCCCAUCAACGAAGUCUACUUCACAAUCAAGAUGGACCCCGGCAUGGUCGCAACAUCAUUCAAAGCCGAUGACAAGGUGUACAUCUCCGGCGAGAAGCUGCUUCCCAUCGAGCGAUUCCUGCCAAAACCGAAAUCCUUGACAAAGGCACCAAAGAAGAAGGGCGGUGCACGAGGUGGGGCUGCUGGUGGACGAGGCGGAUUCAGCGGCCGUGGAGCGCCAAGAGGCCGUGGAGGUUUCGGUGGUGGCUUUGGUGGUGGACGAGGUGGUGCACCCGGUGGAAGGGGCGGAUUCGGUGGUGCUAGGGGUGGUGGACGCGGGGGUGGAUUCAGCGGCGGACGAGGCGGCGGGUUCGGUGGUGGAAGGGGUGGUGCGCCUGGCGGCCGCGGUGGCUUCGGCGGUCGUGGCCGCGGUCGUGGCGGGUACUAG